CCCGGAGACAAGGCUUUGUGAUUGGUUCGCGUUAGGCAAUGAAAGGUCAUCGCUACGGUAGCGGCGCCAGUGGGCGGGCUGGCCAAUCACGGGUCGGUGCAGCGCGGGCCGGCGUUGCUGGGACGCCGAAGGAAUACGGGCAAGGCUGGAGUGCGGAGCUGUGGCCGGGGGCGGGCCGCUGGCGGGCGCGGAGCCCACCCCGUCCUCUCUAGGCCAGGGACGCAGGCCGCGGGAGCCGGGAGCCUCGGUGCCGCCUCCAGCAGCCUGGCCCCCGCAGGGGCAGCCGCCGGGAUGCGGAGGGAAGCGCUGCGCUCACCCGACCUCAGCCCUCGGGCGGGGCGGCAGAGCGGCACACUGCAUGGAUGUCUUCAGAGAACUAUCCACGAUGACUCCACGGGACACAUGGAUUCUCACCAUAAAAAACUCACCAUGUCCAAACAUAGCAGUGCCCCUACUGACUCUAACGGUGCCCUUUCUAUAGGCAACACAGAAAGGGUGGAAACUGACAAAAACAAAGACCUUAAAAGGGAGAGCCUCGUGGAAACUCAGUUUAGUCACAGCAGAUUCCUAAAGAAAAAACAGCAUGCACAAAGAAACCAGCUGAACCAGAAUACUUGUGCCAUGCAGGAGGGGAACAAGCAUGUUGCAAAAAAAACUCUGGAUACAGCCUCAAAGGUGAGGUCAAGUGCCGUUCUGAGAAAGCUAGCACAGAUAGAAAGCAAUAUCAUGACCCGAAAGGUGCAGAUGGAUUUUUCUGAUACUGGAUUGGACCCGAAGAUUUCGGAUGAAAAGAACUUAUCAGCCAGAUCCAGCCUGGAGGAGAGUGCAAGAGGUAGCAGGUAUCUGAAGAAAAAUGACACAGUCAAGGAAAAUGUGACAUUGAGUAAAGUCCAUUUCAAGGGGAAAAGUAGCUGCCAGACAACAAAAAACAAAGUGCCAAUUAGAAAACAACUUGGUCUAGAUAGUGAUGAAGAGGAAAUGAGACAAUUACUAGGGAGCUCUUUGGAGUUUUCCAGUGAAAAUGAGAACCAGAAGGAUGUCACCAAUUUUUCUAAACCUGACAGAAAGUUAUUCAUGAAGUCCAAGAUGAAGAGUCCACCAAGAACAUCUUUUCCACCCAAAAAACAGUCUUUGACAAAUCUAUUUAGCGCUCCUUCACUACUUAGCAGAAGUUCUCAGAAAAGAACCUCUGAUAGAAUUAAUCCACAAACUCCCUCUCCACCAAGUAGAAACUUGCAAAGACCAACUAGUAUGUCUUUUCAAUUGCCAACUUCAAUAAAAGACAGCUUUGCAGAGACCACUUCACCUAGAACCAACCACAUCAAACAAAGUCAGGUGUCCUUGUCUGAAAGGAGUGAAAUCAAGUCUUUGGAUGAGUUGUUUUCAAAAGCAGCAGAUACAGAAAAUGCAACCAGUGACAGUUCCAAUGACUUCAGAUUAAAUAUUUUGAGCAUUGAUGACUUGAAUUCAAAUGUUUCUGGUGAUAGAGAAGCAUUAAAACAAAUGGAGACAGACAUUCAAAUAAAAAAAAAAUCAAACAAGGACUCAGAACCAAAUGUGUUUCCUGUGAAUAAUAAUGACCAAACCCCCCUUAAAGUGGUGAGUGUCCUAACUAGUACUAAUGCUGCUUUUAACAAUGAUAUGGAUGGGGAAAUCAUGACUGAAGCUGAAAUCUCUGAGGUUUUAAGUGGAAUUUCUACAGACUAUUUUGGCGUUAGACAAGUGUUUCCAGGACCUGAGGAGAGCACUGUUAAUUCAGAAUAUUCUGAAGACUUUGAAAAAUCUCUGUCUCUACCAGUAUCUGAGACUACAGACAGAAAAUCCUUGUCUGAAAUGACAGUGGGGCAGUCUAACAGCUCUAUGUAUUCCAGAAAAGACCUUUCUCCCUCACUCUCAUCGCCUCAGUCUAACAAAAAAUGGCAUGAGACAGUAAGCAGAGUGACUGUGAAAGAGAUGGCUGUGCAGACAACUGAUUCUCCAUUCUCCUAUCACUGGUCAAAGAGGGAUGGCACAGCAAUCCUUGGCCCAGCUCUAGGGUGCAGUUAUAUUGAUCCGGUACCUAUUGCCAGUCACGUUGUCACCAUGGAUGCCAUGGAAGCCCUGACAGCAUACAGUCCUGCAGUGUUUGCUUUGAAUGACUUGUUAAAACAGCACUUGAUACUGACCCAGCACUUCGUGGAGACCAUCCACCAUCUUCAUACAUCACUUGUGGAGUCAUUGGAGAAUGAGACAUUUCAAUAUCACACACUGGCAGAAGCUAAGGAGUACAUCAAGAGUCACAAAUCCCCACCUCUGACAAUUGAGCAAGCACUGGAAGAAGUUCAGAAAAUGAAAGAGCAGUAGCUGCUUUGAGCUUACCAUAAUGAAUAACCAGAUUUACUUUCACAAGUGGAAUUUUCAGUUGCAAGUCUCAAACUGAAAUAAGAUUUUCAACUGUUGUAGAAAAGGCAGAUACUGCUACUGAAUUGAUUUUGCAUGUGGUAAGAAUUCAUGCCAUCUGUAAACUUUAUCCUUAUGUACAUGCUGUUCAGGACAAGAAAGUAGCCUAUCACUACAGCAAAUAUUAGUUUUAACUACCUACAUGUCUUCAGUGGUAAGUUAGACUUAAAAUGUUCUAAGUAAGAAACAGCACAUUAAAUCUAGCAAGCAAAGAAACAAAGGAUUAUAUGUAGUGUUUGUUGCGUAUUUAACAUAGUGGUGAUAUGGUUAAAAAAAAGCAAACCUCCAUUAUUGUUCAAGUGAGGAGUCUGAAAGUGAAAGAAUAUCAAUCAUAUUAAGUUAGUGCACUGCUUCAUUUCAAACUGUGUAUGGAUAUAAUUUUGUCUUCAAGUUGUUAUAGAAAAAAUUUUCAGAACACCUACUCUUAAAAAUAAAGGUGAAUUCCAGACAAGUUA